CCGGAAAAACACGCUGUCUGCAGGAUAUAUCAGGGGAGAGAACAGUUGAUGUGUACGUUUCACCGAAUAGAAAUGGCAGGUUUGAACAACAAAAGGACAGCUCGAUCUAAUGAUUCAGAAUCUGCAGUUGACCCACCAGUUUUGCGCAUCAGCCAGCUGGAUGCCCUGGAGCUAGACUCAGCUCUUGAGCAACUGCUGUGGACCCAGUUCACUCAGUGUUUCCAAUACUGCCGCCCAGGGUUGCUCACCCCGGUGGAGCCUGAACUGAAAGCAUUACUUUAUCUGCUGCUCUGGAGGUUUACUCUUUAUUCUAGCAAUGCCACAAUAGGUCAAUCUCUACUAAGCCUGCACUAUCAAAGCACAUCUUCAUCAUCUCCCCACUACAGAUCACUGUCCCCUCGUCAGAAGUUGGAUCUUGCCAUACUUACUGCAGGCCCCCGUUGGCUGCAGGAGCGUUGCUACCGUCUGCUGCCAUAUUUGUCUUUGAGUCCAAGAGGGGCUGUUUCGGAAUUGGAUGGUGGCUUGCUGCAACAAAGUCUCCGUAAAGCCCUAACUCUUUUUUCUGGUCUGGCAAAGUUUGCUACCUUUGUCAACUUCCUAGUUUUCCUAAGAAAUGGCCGCCACCCUGCCCUACCUGAAAGAAUUGCGGGAGCUCAGGCUGUGUUCAGUAAACCUAAUGUGGUUCGAGAUGUAACUUACCAGUACAUGAACCGGGAACUACUGUGGCAUGGCUUUGCCGAGUUCCUCAUCUUCCUGUUACCGCUGGUAAAUUUAAGGAAACUGAAAGCAGCGGUGUUAUUGCAUGUGCUUGGAAGAAAAGAUUCUGAGGAAGAAAGCAAAAGAGAGGGAAAAGACAUGUGGAAAAACUGUGGACUAUGUGGAGAAUGGCCAACAAUGCCUCAUACGGUGGGGUGCCAGCACGUUUUCUGCUACUACUGCAUUAAAAGCCACAGCAUAGCCGACGCUUACCUCACAUGUCCGAAAUGUGGGGCAGAAGCAGGGACGCCCAAUGUGGUGAAGAUGGACAUGCGGGUUGUGGGCAGGUGAUGGUUCCAUCCUGCUGAGAGAAAACUGCUAGAAACGUGAUCUGAAUGAAAGGGAUAGUUGAGGAUUACUUAAGCAAAGAUUUGGUAAAAUGUAAGAAGCAAGUAGUGUUUUAUCUUUAGCAAAUAAUUUUUUUUUUAAUUAUUACUAUUUACCAUGAAUCUGGAUCAUUAAGAUGAAGCUAACAGACAUGACCAAAUCAGACUUCUGUCAGCUUGAAACAACUUGAGUCUCAGAAACAUAUUAACUGUUUUUGCAAACAUUUUCAAAACCCUUUAAACUUAUGUUAGCAUUGGGCAGUCAUAUUUAGAGAAGCCAAUGAUUAAACUUGAUUGACUUAUUCAUUGAUUAUUUAUACAGAAAACGGACUUAGGAGGUUGUGUGCCACCAGUAAUAUGAAAGUGGUAUAAGAAAGUACAAACACCGUUUCAUUGUUUUUUUUUUUUUCUCAUGCUGUUUUUUUCAUAUAUAUGAUACUCU